AUGUUGCCGCGGCAAAUUUCGAGUAUCAACCAAGCAGCGUUAUAUCCAGAAAAAACAACAGUUCGAAAUGUGAAUCCCGAACUGCUAGCAGCGUCAAGUUCAUUUAACCCAGCUAUGGGGAGAAAUAAACUGCCACUAGGAGCGAUACUUCGUGGUACGGCACGUGCGCCAAGCAUCGUCAGCCGAGCUACUUACAGGUACGUCAAACGUACUCUGACAACACCGCCGCCAGAUCGCGAUUCUCGACAUUAUUAUGCUGAUUACGAGAAAUAUAAGAGCGGCGAUACCGACGAUGUUGUUGACUAUGACAGUGAUAAUGAUGACUAUAAGGAAAAUGAAACGAGUGACGAUACGUCGAUGUUGUCUAGUGAUGAUCGUAUCGAACCUGCCAAGAGAUAUACAGGAGCUCGUCGUGCUGCUGGUAACCCACUAAGGCCUGUUCGGACAAUAGAAAGUGCUGCAAUCAGGCCUGGUCCUGUCGCGACCCAUCCUAGUUAUUUGUAUCUGCCUGCACCCUUAGCCAGGACUCCUCCUUUUUCCACUACCACAACUACUCAGAGUACCACGACUAUUACACCUGGGCCUACUUCGGCCACAGUCACGACAGUGCAUUUUGAACCAAUGCCGAUAAAUAUUCCAAGCGAAGAAUGGAAUAAAUCCACGCGUGACACGCAUUUGUCGAUCCACCAUCAGAACUAUACCGUGAGCAUCGGUGCUGAUACUCGACAAUCAAUCCGUAGCAGUCUGCUGCAACAGCUCAAGUGCUUUCAGUAUAUACCAAAUAGGCGACUACGUGGCUACGAGCAAGAGACAAUCAAGCCAAUUGGCCUUCAGGACUGCCUUUACAAUUGCAUUUUGCGUGUGACUUUCCUAUGUCUUAGCGUCAACUACGAUCCACACACUAAAGCAUGUCUUUUUACUGAAGUCAUUUAUUUUACUCUUUUCAGCUUUUCGAUGAAACUUUUUAAUAUGCUGAGCUUCAUGCGAAUUUUAUGCGUUUUUGCACGUAUGCAAGUUCCAAAACGCAUGUGUGUGUGCUUGUGUGUUCGCACUUUUUGUCACCUACUUUCAACUCGAAAAUCUGAAAAGCUAGAAAUUGAAACUUCAGGAGUCGUCCCCACUACCUGUGAAAUCUCCCAUUUUAAUGUUAUCAUUCGCAUAUCCCUCUGUCCCACGUACGAAUGCCUCAAAAAACGUGCAGACUUUUAG